AUGGACAAGGUUGAAUCGACAACAAUACCGACUAACCACAAAGACUUAAUUAAUGAUGUUUCGUACGAUUUCUAUGGUCGUAGGAUGGCUUCUUGUUCCGCAGACCAAAGAGUAAAAGUUUACGAUUUUGAAGAAGAACACGAAAAUUGGAAAGUCUCAUCUGAAUGGAGAGCUGGAGAUGCUAGUCUUAUGAGAAUUGAAUGGGCUCAUCCAGAAUUUGGUCAAGUUUUAGCCGUCUGUAGUUUAGACAGAGGCGUUCGAGUAUAUCAGGAACAAAAGGGGGUGUCAAAUAGGAAAACAUGGGUUGAGGUUGCAAAAUUAAUGGAUGCCAGAAGUGCGGUGAUGGAUAUCAGUUUCUGUCCUAUUCAGCAUGGUUGUAAACUUGCUGCAAUUUCGGCAGAUGCUACUUUAAGGAUCUAUGAAGCUCUUGAGCCUGAAAAUCUUUCUUCUUGGACUUUGAUGGAUGAGAUUAAAUUACUACCUUCCCCUCCUUCUCGUAAUGAGCAAUUUUCCUUUUGUGUAAGCUGGUGUCCGUCUCGUUGGCGCACCCAGUGCAUUGCAGUUGGGUGUAUGGACACUGCUUACUUAUAUACUCAAAAUACCAGUGCAAAAUGGAAGCAAAUUGCUACCCUGCCCGGACAUACUGAUCUUGUCCGUGAUAUAGCAUGGGCGCCUGCGAUGGGUCGUCUUUACCAUUUACUAGCUACCGCUAGCAAGGAUGGAAACGUACGCAUUUUUAAAGUUUCGAUUCCUUUACAAACAAAUCAAGCAACCUCUUUUGAAUACGAGUCCGCCGCAGAAACAACUGAAGAACCCAUAAAGGUAGAAUUAAUUGGUGAAUACGACAAUCACAAGUGCCAGGUUUGGAGGUGUCAGUUUAACGUUACCGGUACAAUUUUAAGCACUUCUGGUGAUGAUGGUUGUGUUCGAUUAUGGAAAGCCUCAUACGCUAAUCUCUUCAAAUGCAUCUCGGUAGUUUCAUUAGAAAGGAAACCAGAACGUGCUGUUUAA